AUGAAGGCUCUUGCAUUCAAAGAUAAAGAAGACACGAUCCCACCUGAUCUGAAGUCAUGUCAACCGCUUGCGGUGACAAGUCUCCGGCUUUCAUCACCAGAAGCGCCCUCCUAUCUCGAGAUUGAUCUUCCGUCAGCUGGCUCUAACGCUGCUGGCUGGCUCGAGUGUCUCCAGAGGAAGCAAUACGACAACGCCACGAAACAUGCUGCGCCUCAAGCAGGUUGCUCGCAAGCUAGCGAGAGUUCCGACGACGGCUGGGUUCCAACGGCAGUGAAUGAGGCUAUUCAAACAACUACUAAACGUGGAGCGUUGCCUCUCAUUGACUAUUCUUCGUUCUUGUCGGAUGAACCUACAGCAGCUAGAGCAAAACCUAUGACACCACUGUUAGAAAGUUUUGACGAUUCAAUUGCACUUUGUCCUGGAUACUCGCCCUCGCAACAGAAUGAUGCCUUGACAGCUGCAGGUGGCAACCGCAAUCUGCCGAUACCUGAAUUGUGGAAAUCAUGUGCAGUAGUGAAUGAGCAGCAAGGGAGCGAAGACUCAUUACGAUCAAGACGGGGACUGGUCAUCGCUCCUGUUGAUACCCACCUAGCGCAGCGCAAGGCAUCGACACCACGAGCAGGUUUGCGCGCAAGGCCUGUGGCGCAACAUGAAUCUGGCCUGCAAGACACCAAUCUUGGAAAGCUGGUGCCUUCUCUUGUUGGUUCACAAGGCGUGCACCUAAGUCCACGACCUGAGGGCGAGGACGUAUUUCUCGGACAAGCAGACUCUAUGACUUCACCCACCCUCAACACAACGUUGUCCGAGACGAUGGCUGCCCUCAAGCGAACCACUGAAGGCCUGCCAGAAUUCACUCAGAAAGGACCGAGCUCUUUUCAUCGACACACAACCAACAUCACACCAAAGCAGCGCCUCAUGGAUUUGCUAGGCAAAAGACCUUACAAUCACAAAAUGAAACCCCUUAGAGGUGAUCGAGGCGAACAGAACGCAAACCAACACCUCCGUGAUGAUGUGGGAGGCAUGGAUUCCAGAUCACGUGUGUCACGUGUUGAUACGCACCAUAUCCCGAAUUAUCAAUUUAUACCUGAAGAGACGCAAAGCCGGAGCUUUUUCGGGACGAACGCACCAGUCAUGGGAUCUGAUUUCCAGAACACUACAUCGAGAACGCAAAUCCAGCUAGCGUCGCCUUUUGCCGAGCCAGCUCGGAGACAGAACAUUGAGAUGCAAUCGCCAACCAACCACCGUCCUCCACCGAAUGAUAGCAACUCCAUGAACUCCACGACACAGACCAACCCAUAUUCCAGUCAUACUGAUGAGAAUAUCAUGCAUUCCGUUUUCGACCUCGCUGCGUCGCAGCAGAUUCCGUGGUCAUUUCCGCCGAUUCCUCAGCAUCAAAGGACGGGUUUAGAUGAAUGA